ACUUGGACACGAUAACAUUGUCAACUUCCCGACUAGAAUGGAUAACACUCUUGAUCUUGUGUUCACAAAUGACGCAGGAGUAUUUGAAGCUCGAAAAAGAGACCCACUACUAAAUUCAGAUCACUGUAUCAUAAGAAUAUUGCCCAAAGUAUAUGGAAAGCAGCACAAAAAAGUCUUCUCACACCUUGGAAAGAAAACACAACACAGGCUAUAUGCUGGGACUACCAAAUGCAAAACUCCACAAUACCAUAUCUGGCACAGCUGUUAUAUGAUGAGAAAUCCUUUAGGUAUGAUACGAUAAACUUACUGCGGCACUCUAACAAAUAGUCUCAUCAGUUUUUGUUUUCCUUUUCUCGUUACUAUCACACUGUUGUUCUCAUCUUCUAUCACACAUCAACUUUAUAUUUCAUAUCCUGUGGUGCAUUGUUUGAAAUAUAAACGCUACGCUGUUUUUUAUUUAUCUUUCUUUUGGCAUUGUUUUUUUAUUUAUUUGUUUUUUUCAAUUUUAAAAAUCUUAUAAAAUUUAUGAGGUAAUUAGAUGCAA